CAGAAGCUGAUUCGUAUGGUGGUCAAAUAUCUCUGGGGUUGGACUAGGCAUUUCUGUGUUUGUUUUUAUUUCAUUUAUUAACUUUUAUUUAACCGGGACGUGUCAUUGAGGUCAGAAGACCUCUUUUCCAAGGAAGAUAUUAAAGCAUUUUGGAGCAUAGAAAAUAACAAAAAUGGAUAGGAAAUUGAAUCUUAACCGAGCCGAGACUUUUUCCUUCAUCAACCCUUGGAUAAGGUACUUCCUGUUCUUUUUCAGCUUCUUGUUCUGGGUCUUCUCCUUGCUGAUUGUUGCUAUAGGGGUAUAUGCAAAGGUUCAAAAAGCAACAGACACGGUCAGAGACACGUUCCUGGUCGACCCAGCAGUCAUCCUGAUCGUGGUGGGCGUAGUCAUGUUCUUCAUCACCUUCUGCGGCUGCAUCGGAGCCCUGCGAGAAAACAUUCACCUUCUCAAGACGUUCUCCUUCAGUCUGACUCUGGUCUUCCUCACUCAGCUAGCCAUUGCUGUCCUGGGCUUCUUCUAUUCAGACCAGACACCAGACGCUCUGGGGAAGUUCGUGAAUAAAGCCAUCGUGCACUACAGGGAUGACCUGGAUCUGCAGAACCUCAUGGACUACAUUCAGAGAGAGUUCAAGUGCUGCGGCUGGAACAACUACACUGACUGGUCAUGGAACCUGUACUUCAACUGCACCCAGGGGAACCCCAGCUCUGAGCGCUGUGCUGUCCCUUACUCCUGCUGCACCCCCGUACCAGGAGAGGUUGUGAUCAACACCAUGUGUGGCUUUGGGGUCCAGACUCAGAACUACCUGGAGGCCACCAAGUCCAUCUAUCCAGUGGGUUGUGCAGACAGGGCGGUUCUGUGGAUUGAGUCCCACCUGCUAUUGGUGGGGGCUCUAGCUCUGGGUCUCUCCCUGCCUCAGAUUGCAGGCAUUGUGCUCUCCCAGAUCCUCAUCUCUCAGAUCCAGGAUGAGAUCAGCUCAGUGUUGUGAGAAGAGGAUGGCCCGACCGACACAGAAAAUAACAGAAUAACUAGGAGAGAACAGAGAGAAGAACUACUGGCCACUCCAGUUAACAAAGGACAUCCAUCUACGGUUUCAUUACACAGCCUUCGGAGCAUCUGGUUUAGUGGUGUGCUGUAUAGACCGUAUGGAAGUGUGUUAUUAUAUGCUGGACAGAGAUGACUAAAGGCUGACAUUGGAAGUGUUUAUGUAUACAUGAUUUUAAAUAUGACUUAUAUUGACAUGAGGAUAUUCUUUUGUGAAAAUUAUGUAUUAUUUAUUUCAAAGUGUGUUUGCUAAUAUAAUGUGCUAUUUGACAUACUGUAAAUGUUGUGUUACAGAACAUUCAAUUGAACAUAACAUUUUCACAAACGUUGAAGUUAUAGAAAACAUCAUUGGAUAUUGACGAUACAGAUGAUCAUUUCUAUUAGGUCCAUGAACCUGAAGAAUAAAGGCCACAUUCUUCAGCCACACAUCCAGUCAAUUUGGGGAGGGUACCUCUGCAGUAGCCCCUGGUCCAGACUCAGUGACAUCCAGCUUUAGGCCCUCUGUGCCCAGGCUACCCAGGCUAGGCAUGCAGGACACGGGCUCUCUGGAUCAGCCGGUCAGUGAGGGGAGAGUUGGGCUUAGCUGCCUCACGCUCCACCAACAGACAUCUCCAGGAGGACAGCACAACACAAGACAAAAAGGACAGUUCUAGAUUGAGUUCUUUAAGUAGAACAUCUAACUGGAGAACAAAAGGCACUCUGCAACGGUAAUCAGUAGAUACAGUAUACAGAUAAUUGUGUCUGUAUUGCACCCAGACACGCUUGCAUUUUACAGACUUCAGGGGUGUCAAUAAGGACAAGCUUAGCCAUGAGAACAUACUGAUGAAAUUCAACAGUCAAGAUUGCACUAUCGAGAUAUUGUUACUUCUACUCCCCUAACGAGGACGCACAGGGAGCAGAAGACCAGAGAAAAUAAAAUCGUACUGGACAGAGGACCAUUUUCUUAGUCAUGUGUAUUAUAUUGUACAGCGAAAUCAAUAGUGUAUUGAGCCAUUCACUUGAUUACGUUACACGUAUAAUAAAUGCACGUGUCAAGGAUCAAUGAAGGGUGAAUAGGAACUCUGUGUAUGAAAAGAUACUAUGAGAGAAAAGGGAAACAAAGUAUGACCGAGGUCUGUUGAGUAAGGUGAAUAGAGCGUCACUUGUAAACAUCAUGGAGAAGUGACCGGAUAAAGCGUAGCUGCUACCAGACGGCUCGAUCAACGAAGACAUCAGCACAACAGUGAGGCAGUAUUGGGCAACAGAUAGCAGUUGAGAAGUUACACCCCUAAUCUCAUCUUGACAUAUAAAUGGUUGUUUGAUCAUGUGCAAAGUGUGAUUGCAGCUGAGGCACCCAGUGGGUUGAAUAAAAUGGGUUAGAAUUUUUACUA